AUGGACCAUUCGGUGAAAGCGAUGAAUAGCCACCGGAAAGUCGUAUUUUCCCGGCUCCUCAACCGUCACAAUUUUGAGAAUGAGGAGCUGGAGCAGCUAUACCGCCGUUACACAGUCAAAUUGCAACAAACAUCAACUUCCAGUGUUUUAGCUCUGGUAGCUUCACUGGCAGCUAGCCUAGCAGGCCUACACGUGGGUUAUGUGCGAUUCUUGAGUGCUGCAGCACUCUACUUUGUUUUCGUUUGUAUUUCCUUUGCCGCAGCCCUGGUCCUGAUACAAACGGGCCAUUUUAAAGACGCCCAUUUACCGGCUCUUUGCUAUGGAGUGUUAGUUUUAUGUUCGGGCUUGUGCCUAAUAGGCCUGCCGCUGAGUGUGACAGAGAGCAACAGUUGGGGGGCUGCCUCAUGGGGCCAAGAGCACCCUGCGGCCCAUGGAGUGUGGGAAGUUCUGUUUGUUCUCUUCGUUGUCUAUAGUCUAUUGCCUCUGAAGACCCGCGUCGCUGUUUGCGUAGGUGUGCUGCUGCCGGCUUUGCAUACCACAGUCGCACUCACAUCAGCAACAUUUUAUCAAGAAUUGACAUGGCAACAGAUCACCGCUAACAUGCUGGCGUUUAUCUGCGUGAACGUGGUCGGAAUAUUUGUCCAUAAUCUCAUGGAGAGAGCUCAGAGGAAAGCUUUUCUGGACACCCGCACAUGCAUCAAAGCUCGUCUCGAAAUGGAAGAUGAGAAUGAGAAACUGGAACGGCUGCUACUAAGUGUUCUGCCGCAACACGUGGCCAUGGAGAUGAAAGCUGACAUUAUUCGCCCCCGAGAAGGUCCAUUUCACAAGAUAUAUAUUCAGAAGCAUGAAAAUGUGAGCAUUCUUUUUGCUGAUAUUGUUGGUUUCACUGUAUUGGCAUCCCAAUGCACUGCGCAGGAGCUCGUACGACUGCUAAAUGAACUUUUCGGAAGAUUUGAUCAACUUGCAAAUGACAACCACUGUUUGAGGAUCAAAAUUCUAGGAGACUGUUACUAUUGCGUUAGUGGUUUACCAGAGCCUCGAUCUGAUCACGCCCAUUGUGCUGUAGAAAUGGGAUUAGACAUGAUUGAUGUCAUUGCGUCUGUAGUUGAAGCAACAGACGUUCAUCUAAACAUGAGAGUAGGUAUCCAUACAGGUCGCGUUCUUUGUGGUGUUCUUGGACUACGUAAAUGGCAGUACGAUGUUUGGAGCAACGAUGUAACUCUUGCUAAUUACAUGGAAGCUGGUGGCGAGCCUGGACGUGUGCAUGUAACGCAAGCGACUUUAGAUUAUCUGCAUGGCGAAUACGAGGUAGAGCCUGGACGCGGAGCUGAUCGAAAUUCCUAUUUAAGAGAGCACAAUGUGGUAUCCUACUUUAUUAUUCCGCCCAGUCAUAGAAGGAAGCCCUUGAUGUUUAGCAAUUUGCAGAUGCGCCCUGUAGGUAGCCGUCGAAAGCUUUCUUUUAAAAAUGUCUCAAAUGUUGUGGUUCAGUUGCUACAUUCUAUAAAGUAUAGCAUGGAUGUUCCGUUCUCAAAUAUGGCCGUGGCCAGUGGUUCUGCAGCAGAGAAACCUGGAACCAAGAUGUCUUCGUUAGCUGAUAAACUUAGAAAGCCUUUUAAAAAAAGGCAUUCUACUGUAUACCAUCAACCAACUAGUCGAGUGAACAAGUACCUUGCUCAAGCAAUAGAAGCACGAAGCGUAGACCAAGAGAAAUCAACUCAUAUUAAUGUUUUAACUUUGUGUUUCAAGGACCAUUUGAAAGAACGACAGUAUUAUAGUGAAAAAGAUGAGGGCUUUGCCAACAGUAUGGUUUGUUGUUUGACUGUCUUAUUGCUCAUGGGAAGUUUACAAGCCAUUAUUCUAACUAGGUCCCUGAUAAUGGUAAUAUUAUUCAUUUCGGCUUUCUGUUGGAUAUUUCUACUGAUAAUGCUGACUUUAGGAGCCAAAAUGAAAUACAUUUCGUGGGACAUAAGCCAGUAUUUCCCUCUGCGUAUGACUUCAAUUGUUCUAACCAUUAUUUUUGUCUACAUUGUAGCUCAAGUGAAUGUCUUUACAUGCAUGAGGGAGCCAAAGUGCAAUGCUUCAGCUAAUGUAUCUCAGACCUCAUUCCUGUAUGAUCACUAUUAUUGUCCUCUACCACAUUAUGUCAUAAUCAGCUGCAUCCUGACUUUCUUUUCUGUUGUUGUCUUUCUUCGUAUCCCAAUUUUAAUUAAAGGAUCUUUACUACUACCCAUGACAGCAGUUUUUAUCGUAGUUAUUGAGGUUGUGCAAAUAAAAUUAUUUGAAUGCUAUGACGAACAUGUUGGGUCAGUUGUUCAUGAGCAUGCCGUUGGAUUGGUAGUUAUUCUGUACUUUUUGUUAGCUGUGUUAAUACAUGGGCGACAAGUUGAAUGGACUGCAAGAUUAGAUUUUCUUUGGAAUCUUCAGGCAAAUGAAGAAAAACUGGAAAUGCAUGAAUUGCAGAGUAGUAACAGAAGAAUUCUGUUUAACUUGCUUCCUGCUCAUGUAGCUGCACACUUCUUAGACAAUCAAUUCAAAAAUAAUAUGGAACUUUACAAUCAGAGCUACUCAAAAGUUGGAGUUGUCUUUGCAUCAAUUCCUAAUUUUCAUGAAUUUUACAUGGAACUCGAUGGAAAUAAUCAAGGAAUGGAGUGCCUACGUCUGUUGAAUGAAAUAAUUGCAGAUUUUGAUGAGUUGCUUGAUGAUGAGCGCUUCAAGGCUAUUGAUAAGAUAAAAACAGUUGGAAGUACUUACAUGGCUGCCAUUGGCUUAAUGCCUGAGUACAGAAUAGCUGAUGAUAAUCCAGCAUCAGCUGUUGAAUACAUGAGCAUCUUAGCUGAAAUGGUGUUUGCUUUUAAGGACAAAUUAGCAGAUAUCAAUGAAAAUUCCUACAAUAAUUUUUUCCUAAGAGUUGGUUUGAAUAUUGGGCCUGUUGUUGCUGGGGUGAUUGGAGCAAGUAAACCUCAGUAUGAUAUUUGGGGUAAUACAGUGAAUGUUGCCAGUCGAAUGGACAGUACAGGACUUCCAAAUCAUAUUCAGGUAACUGAGGAUGUGUAUACCCUUUUGAAAGAUGGCUAUGUAUUUCAAUGUAGAGGCAUCGUAAAAGUUAAGGGCAAAGGGGAUAUGACUACAUACUUUCUUCUGGGAAGAAAACAGGAUGGUGAUAUAAUGCCAAAUGAAGAAUCUACUGCUUUGAAAAUGGAAAAUCAAAAUGCUAAUGUAGAUCGGAAAGAAACUUCACCUACUUCAAAUGUUAAGCAUUCAUCUGGACAGUGUAACUCUGGUAAUGAAGGUAUAACUAGUAUUCAGAGGAAGAAGGCUCAUACAUAUCAAGCAGAAGUAGUAGGGGAAAUUCUUUCCACAAGCAGUCCAAGGCUUCCAUCAAUGCAGCUACCUCCUUGGCAACCUCAUAAUCAGCAAUCCAGUACUCCCUUUGAAAACAACUCUGCAUUAUAUAACCAACCAAAACCUAUUAUUGGAAAUGCUCCUGCAAAAUCUUAUUCGCAGUCCCGUCCGCGUCAUAAUCAUUGCACAAUUAAUUCAAAUAGGGACUCUACAAAAACAUUUAAUUCACUGUCAGAACUGAAAGAUGAUUUACAAGACAGAUUACAAAAGAUGAAUACUAGUAUAAAUCCAUACACGAGUAAAGUAUAUAGGCCAUCCAAAAUGUAUACACAUCCAAGGACUAACUCAGUUAAUAAAUCUCCUGCAACACUUACUCCACCUGAAGAAAUGCUGUACUUUCCAUCUCAUAGUCCUCCAAAUGAUGCAGAAUCUGUUACCACUGCAGUGGAGAGUGAUGCAAGUUUUGCUGCUAGUGGGAGUCAUGACAGUCUUAUAGGUCAAGAUCGAAAUAAUUCUGUGGAUACAUCAUCUCUAAAUCGUUCUUCCACAUCAUCAUGCGAUAGCUAUAUUCGCACUGAUUUUUCUCGUACUGAUGUAGAUACUCCCUCACCUGCAUUUUAUGAUUAUAAUAAUAGUAUCCAAUGGGUAUAUCCUGAAAAAAAUGUUUUAGCACCAGAAAUAUGUCAGCAGAGUUCUCCUUAUAAUAAUUUGACUGAAUGUAAACAAGGACUUCCAGAAGUUGGUCUGUCACCUUCACAUCGUAUUCUUAGUCAUAAAUCAACCGAUUCUAAUGGUUAUAUUAAAGAGUUAGAAAAAAGGGGAGCAAAAGUAAAUGAGAAAUGUACUUCAGAUUGUGAAGUAGAUAAUUCUCAUUUACACGGUAUUGAAUCAGAUUCAGUUGCAAAUUUUCCUCAAGGUAAUACCAUGGAAGAAACUGGUAUUUCUCAACAGUCUGAAUUUCCAGCUUUGUUGAAACACUCUGUAAACAAGAAUGAUAAAUGCAAACAUGACAGUAAAUCAACAUUUUCAUAUUCACCAACAACUUCUGAAGCUAGAUGUUCAUCAGAUGCUCGAAACCGUACUGAGUUAGGUGGUACUGCAUAUGUAAAAGACAAAAAUAACGGCAUAUUGAAGACAAUCUCCUCAUCUGAAGAAAAUGCCACUGAUCAUAAUAAGCAUAUGCAGGAACCAAAUGCUCUUCAGUUUGUCCAUAACAUUCCAGUUGAAAUGAAAAGUACUUACACUCAUGAAAACAACUGUGCAAGCCCUAACAAGUUAUCAGAUUCAUCAGAUUAUGCAAGAGGUAGUGAUGAUGCUAAUUCAUCGCAAAAUGAGACUUAUAGAGGUUCUGUUCUGAAAUUAAAAAAUAGUUAUGGUCAAACUGAUUCAAUGGCUGUUUCUAGAAAAGGUUGCCUGAAUAGUCUUAGCUCUUCCCAAAAUUCAGAUACAGCUAAGAAAGGAGAUUCCAAACUUUCUAGUAAAAAGGUUGCUAAGCCGCAUUUAAAUUAUGCAUUUGUGAAUAAUUGUAAUCAAUAUAUACCUAUUUCAAACCAUAGGGAUCAGGCCAAAGAAGCAUUUUGUUCAGAGAAUAAUAAUGCAUUAAGAUCUAAUGGUGAUAUCAGAGCCCCCAGAGCUGCAAUUGAGCUGACAGAUAGUGAUGAUAGUGAUGAUGAAAAAUCAGCUGAAAUACCUCUAAUAGAUGACUAUUGCACAGAUGAUCCUGCUCUAGAAAAUGCCUCAUUACUGAAUGAACAUGGACUUACUGAUGCGGAAGGGGCUUUGAGUGAUCUGAACUCGAUUAUCAAUGAUCCAGGUCCCUGCGACAUUGAUGACACAAGUAUAUCUUCUAGAGCAAGCAGUAGAAUGUUUGAUAGUGACCAACUUUUAAGUGUUGACAGUUUAAAUGUGAUGUAUGAUUCUGAGUAUGACAACUAUAGGCCAGGAAUUGUGAGUGAUGAUGAUAUCUUUCAUCAUGAACAUGCAAGUGAUGCAGAUCUUGACUAUUUGGAAGAUCCUCAUAUGGAAAAUAUUAGAGUUCUGUCAAAAAAUAUAACAAGAAAUUUUGGACAGCCUGCAAGAGAUGAAACAGAUGACAGUGAAGUAGGAUGAAUAGUGUAUUUUUCUCACUAUUGUGUCUCAUAUUGUCUUUCAUGUACAUGUCUUUAAACACCUUAUAGUGCAAUAACUACUAUGUGAUGAAAUGUGUAUGAAGUUCAGGCAUUACUCACAAACUCUGAUAAAGUUAAUGAUUGGCAUAGGGUGCAUAAAUAAAUUUGUGUGAAAUAAA